CUAUGCUAACAGAAUGAGUUCGAAGUUAGAUAACAUUAAAUCAUUAAAUUCAAACUAUAACCAAAACUUCAAAAUAAUCCUUUUUUGGAUAUGAGUGUUAGAACAAGAAGGCCGAAGUCAUCUAGCGUUAAAAUGAAUGCUGGAGGUUUUCUUUUAGCCAGAGUUCUUUCUCCACCUUGAUAUAAUUUCAGUUUUGUUUUAAACUUAAUAAUACCGUUGAUACCAAAUGUGAUUUUAUAGUAAUUACAACUAUACUCUGAUGAUAGCAUGACCUUUGAAACAAAGGUGUUAUCCAAAGUGGGGGAUUUUGGCCCUUUUCAGAAGCGUCUUUGCAUUCUGCUUGCUGGGGUACUGUCCCCUACUCUUGCUGCCAUAUAUUACAGUCAGAUUUUGAUAACUAUUACCCCAGAUCAUUGGUGUAAGGUUCCGGAGUUGGAUACUGUUCCUCUUGAAGCCAGACUUGAGCUAGCCAUUCCACGAGUUGACAAGGAUGGAAUUAUAAAAUUUAGUUCAUGUGAGAUGUACGAUGUGAACUUUACAAGUAUUGUGUUAAGAGCGCCCUUCAGAAACAACAGCAAUAUUAUAUUGGUAGCAAAAACCAAUUGGCCAAAAUGUGCUUGCAAAAACGGGCACGAGUUUGAUACUCAGGCCUAUCACAAAACGGUAUCUUCUGAGCAAAGCUGGGUGUGUGACGAUGACUGGAAACUUCUGGUUGCACAAGUGGCAUUUUUCUCAUCAACGGUACUUGGCUCUCUCAUUUAUGGAUUGGUGGCUGACUGGCAUGGUAGAACGUUUAGUCUCAGGAUUGGAUGCAUUGUUUGUGGAAUCUCAUGUCUCGUCUCCAGCUUUUUUUUGGAUUUUUAUUCAUUUGUAGCACUUCGAAUCUUCCUAGGUGCUGGACUCCAAAUCAAUCGAUUUUUGUCAUCCUUGUUAGUUAUCGAAUAUCUUGGCCCGCAACACAGGAGCUUUGUGACCCAACUUUCCACUAUCCAGUGGGGCUUCGUAGGUGCUAUCUUUCCCUGGCUAGCUUUCUGGCUUGGUGACUGGAAAUGGUUGUCUAUGGGCACUUCUGUAUCCCUAAUGGCCGUUGUCAUGGUUACAUGGUGGUUGCCAGAAUCUGCUCAUUGGAUGUUAGUUAACAAGCAAACUGCACGAUUACUACAUACACUUGAGAAUGUGGCAAAAGUGAAUGGAAAAAGUGUGACAAAAGAAAGUUUACUAGAAACUAUUGAGGCUGCGAAUGAGGAGGAAAGACAAAAGAAACGUGCACACUAUUUGGACCUUUUCAAAACCCCUAAUCUCCGGAAAAGAACAGUGAUUGUUUGCUGGCUAUGUUUACUUGGGCGUCUUGGUUGGACAUUUCUUUAUCAACAAGCUCAAAAUAUGGGAAGUGAUUUCAAGAUCUCAAUGUCUAUGGCAGCGGCUGUCGAAAUACCCGCAAUUUUAAUUGCUCGACCGAUUGUUGACAGGAUAGGUCGACGUUGGACAUGUUUUCUUGUGUUCCAAGCACAAAGCAUUUUUCUUCUGACAAUUCCUGCUGUACCUUCUGGAUAUCCCAACAUCGUGUUAGCCUUGUCCUUAGCAGGCCGAUUUGUGGGUGCAUGUGGAAGUCACGUUGCCCUUCCAGUGUACGCAACUGAACUCUUUCCGACAAUGUUGCGAGCACAAGCUAACAGUCUCCGAUUGCUUCUCGGGGGUUUUGGAAUGCUUCUCUCGCCUUUCUUGAUGCAUCUGGGUAAGUACCAAGAUGUUCUUCCCUACGUAAUAAUGGGAUUACUGGCUGCCGGUGGUGGAGCCACUGUGCUUUUUUUACCAGAAACAGUUGGAGAAGAUAUUCCCCAAACUUUGGAAGAAGCAGAGCUAUUGGGCAUGGAACAGCAAGUGGCAUCGUGUAGUUGUUGGUCUCAUAAAAACUACGAGAACCCAAACAAGGAACGUUCGUCUCCUAAAAACAAAAUAAGCAUGAGUGAUAUUUACGAAGACUUUGUUGAUGUUGCUUUUUCAGAAUGAAAUAAUUAUG